AAGAACCCUCUGCCAGUCUGUUUCGUAUUGAUCAAUCCUCCAUUUUCCAACACAGAGCGGCGGCAGCGGGAGAGAGAAGCGAGCCACCCCUCUACCUGGAGAGGAAGCCAGGGACCGGGGGCAGACAUGGCAGCCAAUAUGUACCGGGUUGGAGAUUAUGUUUAUUUUGAGAACUCGUCCAGCAACCCACUGCUGAUCAGGAGGAUAGAGGAGCUGAACAAGACAGCCAAUGGGAACGUGGAGGCCAAAGUGGUGUGUUUUUACCGGCGCAGGGACAUCUCCAGCACACUCAUCGCUCUGGCAGACAAACACGCAAGGGAGCUGGAGGAGGAGAUGGAGAAUUCAGAGAUGGCUGAUCUCCCUGAGAAACAGAAGCACCAGCUCAGACACAGAGAGCUGUUCCUGUCCCGCCAGCUGGAGUCCCUACCAGCGACACACAUCAGGGGGAAGUGCUGUGUGACGCUGCUGAAUGAAACGGAAGCCUUGAAGUCCUACCUGGAGAGAGAGGAUGCCUUCUUCUACUCGCUGGUGUAUGAUCCUCAGCAGAAGACCCUGCUGGCGGAUAAAGGGGAGAUCCGCAUCGGGAACAAAUAUCAGGCCGACAUCACCGACCUCCUGAAUGAAGAUGAAGAGGAUGGCAGAGACCUGGCGAAACUAGAGGAGAAGAUCUGGGACCCCAGCAGCUCCCUGACAGAGAAACAGAUCGACCAGUUCUUAGUCGUGGCCCGGUCAGUUGGUACGUUUGCCAGAGCUUUGGACUGCAGCAGUUCUGUCCGGCAGCCGAGCCUCCACAUGAGCGCCGCCGCUGCCUCCAGGGACAUCACUUUGUUUCACGCCAUGGACACGCUCCACGCUAACGGCUAUGACAUGACUCGAGCUAUUGCGGCACUGGUUCCCCAAGGCGGGCCCGUCCUCUGCAGGGAUGAGAUGGAGGAGUGGAGCGCCUCAGAGGCCAACCUGUUCGAGGAAGCACUCGAGAAAUACGGCAAAGACUUCACAGAUAUCCAACAGGACUUUCUGCCCUGGAAGUCACUGACAAGUAUAAUUGAGUACUACUACAUGUGGAAGACUACAGACAGAUACGUCCAGCAGAAACGAUUAAAAGCAGCCGAGGCAGAGAGCAAACUCAAACAGGUCUACAUCCCCAACUACAACAAGCCAAACCCCAACCAGCUGAGCAACAGCGUGAAACCAGCUCUGCUUAAUGGAGCGGCCGGCUCCACCGUCCCAGGACCGCCGGGCUCCGGGCAGACCCCCGGUCUGGGCAGAGCCUGUGAAAGUUGCUACACCAGCAGCUCCUACCAGUGGUAUUCGUGGGGACCCCCCAACAUGCAGUGUCGUCUGUGCGCUUCAUGCUGGACCUACUGGAAGAAGUAUGGAGGACUGAAGAUGCCCACAAGACUGGACGGCGAGAGGCCGGGGCCCAACCGCAGUACCAUGAGCCCACACGGCCUUCCCCUGCGGCACAGCGGCAGCCCCAAGUUUGCAGUCAAGACCAGACAGGCGUUUUUUCUGCAGACCACCGCUCCCACGCGACUGGCACGCCGCCUCUGUGAGGACAUAAUCCGACCGCGGUAUCUGGCCCGGCACCCCUACCUCCCAGUCAACACAGCAGCCAUCAAAGCAGAGUGUGCUCUGAGGUUACCAGAUAGGCCAAAAAAGCCUCCACCACUGAAGCCAGUCGACCGUAAACCCCUGGAGUCUGUGGUUCGGUACCUGGAAGCACAUCCCCGUCCAUCCAAGCCCAACCCGCCACCUCGUGGAGGAUCGAUCUCAACAGGAAGCUUAACGCCCAUCAAGUCCUCUCCCAUCCUUAACAACGGCUCGCCGACCAUCCUGGGCAAACGCAGCUAUGAGCAGCACAACGGCCUGGAUGGUAGCAAAUCCAAAGCCCUUACUCCACAGUGGGAUAUUAUGGCCAAGCGUGUUAGCGACGCGGGGCGGCCGUCGGCGCCACUGCAGGACGAGAUACACGAACUGGACUGAACCUUCUGGGAGAACAACCUCUUCUGUAAACACCGCUGAGCAGGGGGAGAAAUGAAAUGGAAAGGCUUUCCUUAAACCAGAAGUGUGAGCUGAGAGGAGACGACGGCAUUGGUCACUUUUCAUCAGUCAAAUUGUGUCUCUUGCUGCUGGAGACCAGUGGACCGCUUUAGCAGUAGUCUCUAUCUGAAGAAGAGCCCGACUGUACAGGACUGUGUUUAUUACUUACAUUACUCGUUAUUACUGUCUUUGUAAUUAUUGUUAUUGUUUUUUUUUGUUUGUUUUUUACCAACUAUAACUCAGUUUGUUUGUCGAAACAAGCGAUGGAGACUUGUAGAGUAUCUUGAAAAGUGCUUUAGGACCCCUGUGGAGAAGGGUGAAAGGAACGUAAACAUGAGCCACUUGCAUCUUAUGGUUUUUUUUUUCAUGUUUUUGAACAAAUUCAAGUCAGAAAAGAGACGCACUUUGGUUUUAGCGACGUGGCUUUCGUUUCACGUAGUGUGAGUGCUUCACCUGGAUUUUCUUCUGUUGGAGACGGGGCGGCACUUCCGCCAGAAGAGGUUUAACUUAUGGAGAAAGACUUGAUGGGUUUUUUCUACCUUUUUCAGCGAGUAAUACAUCUCUUUGCUUCAUUAAUGUUAUUAAAAAUAAUGGAUUUUUUUUAAUCUGUCUUUGUCUUUUCCGUCCAUGGAGGUGAUGCGUUAAACUUUGCACCAAACACUGCUGUUCCAGGAUGUGGCCAGCAUGUUUAUUUUUUCCUACUCCACACCGGUAUGCAAGCAGGGUAUAUGCAAAUUAACAGCGACUCUUCAUUCCUAAUGGCUUUCUAUGUUUGUCAGUAUUGGAGCAGAUUUAAAGCUCGAGCCGUUCUUUGUUUUGUAAGCAAACACCUGAAAUGAACUAAAAAGCAGGAAUGCAACCUGCUUUUAUGUCAAA